AUGCCGCGUGGGCGGGCGCGCGCGCGCGGGAGUGGACGGAUGAUCGCGCGCGCGAACGCCGAGCGACAGCGAGACGAAGCGAUCGACGACGUCGCGCUCGGGAUGGAGCCGUGCCUGGUGGGAUGGGCGGAUACGGACUCGAACGGAGAGGAUGUGUACUGCUGCGAGGAACCGGGCGGGGGCGUGCGAUGCGUCAGCGCGGGUGAGAAGGUUGAUUGCGCCAUCGUUGAGGACGACGAGACGGGCGAGCUCACCGUGGAUUGCUCCACGAUCAAGCGGGCGGAGUCGUGA